AUGUCCUCCCACGAAAGCAGAUUCACCGGCAAAGUCACCCUAAUCACAGGGGCAGCCUCAGGAAUCGGCCGAGCCACCGCGCACAAACUCGCCUCGCAAGGCUCCCUGCUCGCCCUCCAAGACAUCAACGAAGCCGGCCUCCAAGAAACCAACAACCUAUGCGGCGGAAAGCACUACACCGAAACCUUCUCCGUCGCGGACCCAGCCAAAUGCACCACCUUCGUACAAAAUACCCUCCGCACCCUCCACCGCAUCGACCACGUCUUCAACUGCGCCGGCGUCAACCCCACCGCGUACGCCCUAACAGAAACAACCGACGCGUACUUCUCCACCCUCGUCGACACGAACCUCAAGGGGACCUACAACCUCACGCGGGCCGUGGUGCCGCACCUCGGGCAAGGCUCCAGCAUCGUGAACGUCUCGUCCACGAUGGGGAUUUCCGUCGCGGCGCAGUAUGCGAUUUAUUGCGCGACUAAGUGGGCGAUUGUGGGGUUUACCAAGGCGAUGGCGUUGGAGUUGGGGGGGCAAGGCGUGAGGGUGAAUGCCGUGGCGCCGGGGUAUAUUGAUACGCCGACGAAUGCGGGGGUGCUUGCUGGGAGCGAGGCGGUGGAGGAGCAGGUGGGACGAGUGGCGUUGGGGAGGAUGGGGACGGCGGAGGAGGUGGCGGAUGUGGUGGCUUUUUUGUUUAGUGAGGAGGCGAGGUAUAUGAGCGGGAGUAUUGUUGAGAUUACUGGAGGUAGGAAGACGUGA